AUGGGAAGUACUGGAAGUACUAUGAUCGAUGCCACUGGCAUUCCAUUGAAUCUUGAUAAGGAUGCAGCUAGUGAAACUAUUCGAGAUUUGAUCCUGACUUUAGGGCCCGCUCAAGAAAUAGGUGAUAUAAGCUCAGCAAUCGAAUCAUCUCUGUCGGCUAAGGCAGUGGAUGUUAGUGGAUUGUUUUCUUAUAUAUCAAUAUUCUCUAACGGAAAUGACGAUAAUAAUGAUGAUGGUGACGGUGAUGGUGGUGAUGAUGAUAACAAUGAUGCUAACAAUGAAAUAACAACAUCCAGAAAUUAUCUGCAAGAAUGGACACCACUGUACAGCUCAUCAUUGUCCAUAUUUGCAACACUGUCAUCCGGAAAUUUUUUAUCCGAAAACGAAGUAGCACAAAUAUUCUCACGAUAUGGAAAUAUAAAAGAAGUAAAAUGGAUUCGAAUAAGCGACAAUAACGGUUACAUCAUUGUGUUCAGUAACGAAACUGAAAAAGAGAAAGCCAUUAAGAUAUGUGGCGACAAAAUGGAAACGAAUGGAAGAUUAUUGAAAUUGUGGAGUUUCAAACGAACUCGCUUAUUUGUGAAUAGCAAACUAACUGUUGUUGACGUGACGAACUGCACUUCUCAUCAAUCGAUCAAAGAUAAGGAUGAGAGUGAUCCGUAUAUUAUUGGUGAUGCGAAGCUACUCGGAUUUGCUGAUCCGUUCCAAGGCAAUUCUAACAAUUGUAUAAGCAAACAUCAGAUUCCGUGCUAUCCAAACGCUUCAGUAAUGACCCUCAAGGAAAAUAUGCCAUCCCCGGAACGACCGGGUACUAGACCAUCACCAGCCACUGCUUUUUUGUUGAAACAAAUUUCUGAAGCUAAUGUGCCUGAAUCAGGUCAAUUUUACGAGAAGAUAUCACAUGAUAGUGGAAAUGAGAAGAAUCGUUUUCUAAAUUUACCAGCACCAUAUCAUCUAUUACCAGAUACACCUUAUUUUCGUCGAGCGCCAAUCGUGCCUCCACCAACAAGGAGUUUAUCGACAACAGAGCAAAUGCCCAUUCAACAACGUAUUAUUAAUCGCUAUCUGGCAAGCAUGAAAAUUGAUGAUGAAAACGGUUUUGCAGCGAUAGCACGAUAUGAACAAGAAUGCUAUAAACAUUUAUGUGCAUCAUCAUAUUAUCCAUUGCUAACAUUACCGGAACAGCAACCCUGUGCUUAUUUAGGAAUGAGAGAGUUCAAAAAAGGUGCAGGAAGAAUAGGAGAUGGAUUUGAUACCGGAUUAAGAAUUGGCAUGGGUGCAAGAAAGCAUACUCUGUCUGCUGAUUUUAUUGAUUCUUCAACAGUGAAAAAUCAAACAGUGAUACAUACCUUAAAUAGCACUAAUAAUGACUGGUCAACAAUACUGUCACCAUGCAAUCAGCGUUACGAAAUAUGGAAUUGUGCCCCAUUGUGGACAUGGAAUUUCAAACAAUAG